CGACACCCUGAGGGUCGGCAAGUUUCACACCAUUCAUCUGAUGGGCAACCUCAGCUCACGUCAGUUGCGUGCCAGGUUGGAAGCUCAGUUUCAGCAAGAGGGAUGGACCCCACAACGGUGCCCUGAUGUCCGCUUCCUGACACAUCAAGGUACCAACAUCAUGGGCAGGCUGUCGUCCAGACACCCUGUGUGUGUGUGUGUGUGUGUGUGCGUGUGUGGCAGAGGUGAGGCUGUUGGGGAGCUUCCUGCCUGAAGACGGUGACGACGCCGAGCGCCUCCAUCGGAAGAAGGGCGCCAUGAAGGUGAAUGCGGGUGUCUUCGCCGAGUUUCAGAUGAGAAGGGGAGCCUACCCCGUAAGCAGAAGACGCCACGCUGCCUAUUUCCCCUAUCUGCCUGUCUGGUCCUCUGUCUUGUCUGUCGUCUCCAGGAGUUUUUUAACGUCGCGUGUGUGGCCCUCACCAUGAUCAUCGCGGGCACGUGGGGUUCUCCUGUGUUCUGGUUCCGGGCGGUGGGCGAAAAAGAGGCCAUUGAGGCCCGUUGCUAUGCCAUCGCUUCGCUGAUAUUCCUGCUGGUCGCCGUGUGUGGGGUCGUUCUGUUGGUGGUCGAGGGGUAUUGCCGCGGGAUUCCUGCAGCCUCUGGGUAUGACAUGCACUCAGUCAGUCAUGAGCCAGUCACUCUCCUCUCGGUCUCACGGCCGAUCUGUUGCCUUCUUCUGCCUGUUUCAUGUGUGUGAUCGGUCGAUCAGGCUGACCGCGAUGGCGGUGGACGCGGCUGCUGCUCCUCCCAUCCGGCCGUCUGCUGCCCCUCCCAGCCUGCCGUCCGUCGCCGCACCCUCACCGGCUGCGGCGGGUUCCGCGGCAGAUCUGACACAACCUCUACUCGAAGCGCAGACAGACAGACAGGCGAGCGGGCAGGAGGCAUGCAUAGACAGACAAUCGAGCGCGCAGGCAGACAGACACAACCUCUACUCGAAGCGCAUUGUCUGUCAGACAGCACGGCUACUUGCCGUAGCGAUUGAGUGUGCGUGCGUGUGACAUGACGAGAAGA